GGCGGCUAUGGUGGUGGUUCAGGUGGGGGAUAUGGUGGAAACUCUGGCGGCAGACGUUAUUAAAUCCUUUUAAGGAAUAUGUAUGGGAUUUAUGAUCCAGAAUGGAGAUGCUUGCCUGUUGUUCUGCAGGCAGUAUGAAGGAUCACCCACGAGAACCGGAGCAGCUCCGGAAGUUGUUCAUUGGAGGCCUCAGCUUUGAGACAACAGACGACAGCCUUCGCUCUUAUUUUGAGCAAUGGGGAGCAUUAACUGACUGUGUGGUUAUGAGAGACCCAAACUCCAAGCGCUCCAGAGGCUUCGGUUUCGUCACAUACUCCUGUGUGGAAGAAGUUGAUGCUGCCAUGAAGGCCCGUCCUCACAAAGUCGACGGUCGUCUCGUAGAGCCCAAACGUGCCGUGUCUAGAGAGGAUUCCAACAAACCUUUUGCACACACCACAGUGAAAAAGAUCUUUGUGGGUGGCAUUAAGGAAGAUACGGAAGAGGGCCAUCUACGGGACUACUUCCAGGAAUUCGGAAAGAUCGAAGCGAUUGAAAUAAUGAUCGAUCAUAAGACUGGCAACAAAAGAGGCUUUGCGUUUGUUACAUUCGAUGACCACGAUGCUGUGGAUCGUAUCGUUAUUCAAAAGUACCACACGAUAAACGGCCAUAAUUCGGAAGUGAGAAAGGCCCUCUCUAAACAAGAGAUGCAGAAUUCAUCAAUGAACAUGAGGGGACGUGGAGGUGGAAACUUUGGUGGUCGAUAUGGCAACAAUGACUUUGAAGGAGGCAGAGAUGGCUUCAGAGACGGAUUCAGAGGAGGCAGAGGUGGCAGUGGAGGAUAUGGAGGUGGAGAUGGCUACAACAAUGGAUUUGGAGGAGAUGGUGGCUAUGGUGGUGGCGGUCCUGGCUAUGGAGGCAGCCGUGGUGGAGGAUAUGGGGGCGGAGGACCAGGCUACGGUAACAACGGUGGCGGCGGAUAUGGUGGCGGUGGAUAUGGUGGUGGUGGAUACGGUGGCGGUGGCAACAACUAUGACAAUUAUAACAAUGGAGGUGGAAACUUUGGAGGUAACUUCGGUGGAGGUGGUGGUGGUGGUGGCGGCAGCGGUGGCAACUACAAUGACUUUGGAAACUACAACAACCAGCAGUCAAAUUUUGGCCCCAUGAAAGGAAACUUUGGUGGGGGAGGUGGCAGGAAUAGUGGCCCAUAUGGUGGUGGAUAUGGGGGUAGCUCAGGAGGAGGUGGAGGCUAUGGUGGAGGCUCUGGUGGUAGACGAUAUUAAGUCCUUUAAAGGACUCGGUACUUAGAGGAAACAGGAGAGCAAGUGGAAUGACAGGGCAGCGCCAGGUUUACUCCCUAGAUCUGCUCAGCUGUUCAGAAGAGAUGUACAGUAGCGCUGACACAAGAGGGACUUUUGUUUUUGUGUAUGGUUGUCAGGCUUUUUAUAUUUUUCUUUAUCUUUUCCAUAUGACGCUUUGUGUAGAAUUUCUUUAAACCAGGGUCCUAAUUAUGUGUAACACCAACAAAAUCAAGAAAUAAAGUAACUUCGUUUUUUUUUUUU